AUACAAAUUUAAAAACGAAAAAUUCAAGUUUUCAUCUCUCGCUCCUACUAACUUGUUCCCAAAAAUAAUGAUAAGUGGGUGAGAAUUGUUUUUGGUCCAAAGUCCCAACAAUAUUUUGGGCGAAAAGAUUCUAAGCUUACUUGAUAGCCGAAAAAUAAAUGUCAAUGAAGUUCUGAUUUCUAAACAAGAACAGACGUGGAAAGAAAAGAAACUACUCCACAUUUAAUUGUGAAGUCGACCCUAUCUUUGAGAUCGAGUGACAUCGAGAAAAAUGGACGACGAUGAAAACCCCCCACUAGCCAUUGAAAUCGAUGAACUACAAUCUCCAACUUCAUCAAGUAAUCCCGUUAUUGAAUUACAAAACGACGACGUCUCCGUAGUCGGCGUCACCGUUAUUACCGGAUACUUAGGCGCCGGAAAAUCAACUCUGGUGAAUUAUAUAUUGAAUUCACAACAUGGGAAGAGGAUAGCAGUGAUAUUGAAUGAAUUUGGGGAAGAAAUAGGAGUUGAAAGAGCAAUGAUUAACGAAGGAGAUGAAGGUGCUCUUGUUGAAGAAUGGGUAGAGCUUGCAAAUGGUUGUAUUUGUUGUACUGUUAAACAUAGUCUUGUUCAAGCUUUGGAGCAGCUUGUUCAAAGAAAAGAAAGGCUUGAUCACAUAUUACUGGAGACCACAGGAUUGGCUAACCCUGCUCCUCUUGCAUCUGUCCUAUGGUUGGAUGAUCAGCUGGAGUCUUCUGUCAGGCUUGAUUCGAUCAUUACUGUUGUUGAUGCCAAAAAUCUUCCUCACCAGCUGAUGCAACGUGCCAAUUCUUCUUCUUUCCCCGAAGCUUACCAUCAAAUAGCCUUUGCGGAUGUUGUUAUACUUAAUAAGGUUGAUCUGAUAUCUCAAGAACAUCCUGAAGGUACACUGGAAAGCUUGGAGAAAGAGAUACAUAAGAUUAAUUCUCUUGCCAAUAUCAUUCAUUCAGUUCGUUGUCAAGUUGACUUGUCUAAGAUAUUGGAUUGCCAUGCUUAUGAUGCUACACAUGCUACUCAUUUGAAAGCUCUAUUAGAAGAAAAUAAAUCUUUAUCAAAGGGAGAUCUUCAUGAUGCUAGUAUCAGGACACUAUGCAUUAGUGAAACUCAACCGGUUUCUCUUAACAAGGUUCGCAUAUGGCUCGAGGAAAUUCUUUGGGACAAGAAGGAUGGUAUGGAUGUCUAUCGCUGUAAAGGAGUUUUAAACAUUGUGGAUUCUGAUGAACUUCAUACUCUACAGGCUGUGCGAGAAAUAUAUGAUAUUGUGCCUUCUCGUGCUUGGAAAAAUGAAGAAAGUCGAAUGAACAGAAUAGUAUUUAUAGGUCAAUGCUUAGACGAGGACAUUCUGGCUGAUUCUCUUAGUGCUUGUAAGGCAACCAGCUAAUAAAUAUUUGUGUUUCUACUGUUGCACCAUUGAGGAUGUGAGCUUCUACUGAUGACUCAAAUGAGCAAGUCUGAUAACAUGCUUCAUCUAUUUGUUUGGCCCAUAUUCUUGGAGUUUUUUGCAUUCAGUUAUAUUAGUGUAGACUCAGAGUGUAGCUUCUUGCAAGAAAAUAGUCACAUUUUCAAUUUGCAGAAGAAUACAUCUAUAUCAAGUUUGUUCCUUUUGUCUUACAAUUUAUCUUCUUCUACAUUAGUGAUGGAUUUGUGAUCCAGUUGAAUGUUGACCAUGAUUGUCUGGAUUUCUUCAAUUUUGGAAUUGAACUAUUUGCUCUUAUGAUAGGUGGUUUUAUUCAAAAUAAAUUUAUCAAAAACCAUGUAUCAUUGAUGUAUAACAAAUCACAAAAGAGAAAGCUAAUGCUUCCAUUUUUCAUUAUUAUUAUGAAAUUCUACAUGAUAACCCUGUACUAUAAACUUUUCUACGAGAUAGACAAAGUUUUUUCAAUUCAUAUGCUAACCAAUGUACUGUCAUGACCUAUUUUGACUUGGGACUUUAGUUGGCUGUCUAUUUUAUUUCAAUUUCUUUUAUAUCUGCGUCUUCUUUCCCAUUCAAACCCUCACCUCCAUAAUCUACAAGCUGUCGUCCACUCUUGUGGUUCAGACAAUCCCAAACUUUGAUCACUGGAUUUGCGACAACAUCUUUAGAGAAGAAUUUUCUUCAGCCAGGCAUAGCAUACUUGAGGUUCGUUAGUUUCUAAAUGAUAUUUGGAAGAUUUUAUCUCUAGCUUUUUGUGAGCAAAGUUCAUGGUUUCAAUUUUCAUGUCAUAGCUGAUUUGAGGUUUAAUUCUUGUUGGUUUAAAUCUUUUUUGUCAUCAACUUUUUUAUUAUUAUCUUUUCAAGUUAGUCAUGAUUAUGCAAGGCCAAAGUUACAUUGUAGAAUUCCGAAAAAAGCUACUAGGAUGCAUUUACUAAAUAACUUUAUCAAGAUUGAGAUUACGAGUUCAGAAUGUUUAUACUUCUCUUAAUUGAUGGAUGAACAAUCAAAAUAGAGGGCUUUCUGGGUUGACUAUUGAGUUGAAGAAGACUAACAAAUGGCGUUGAAUAUUGCAUUUCUACUUUUUGAAAUUUUCAAGUUGCAGUGGUUUCUUGUUUUUAAUGACUGAAAAGAAUGGAGAAAACUUAAAUGAUGGUUCCCUUAACUAAAAUAUCAAUCUAAUUCCUAACUGAAAUCGUUCCUUGUUGUAAUGUGGAUUGUGCAGAGGCGUCUUUCAAUCAAAUUUAUUUCUGAUGAAGCUAUAAUUUAGUCUUCUGUUAGCUUUCAAUAUUUGAGCUUAUGGUAAGCAUUUCAUUGUCACCAUGCCCUCUCUUUGACCUUAAAUGAGUACUGUAAUAGGAUGAAGUAAUUAAGAUGUUUCUUAGAAUUUCUUGAUUAUUUGCAGGCUGUAUUUAAUUAGUAAUGUAUAUCUCAGCUCUUUUUGCAGUUGGAUAGAUAUUUGCUGCAGCUGAUUUUUUUGUUUUCCAGCAGCAUGCCUUUUAUUUCUUUGUAUCUAAUGGCUUUAAUUAUGCAUCUAUUUCAGCUCUUAAAUGCUGAAGGGAAGAAGGGUUUUUGUCAAGGGAGAAAUACAUUGCCUGCUCACUAUGCUUUUGGUCUUCACAAAUAUGACACAAUUAUAAAGCAUAGGAUUCUUAUGUGCACAAGAACCUCCUCUUAAAAAGCUACAAAAGAAAUUUACUGCCUGUGUUCGUGAGACAGAAAAAAUCUCAGAUGAUACGAAGAUUGUGAGAAACUUGGAAAGGCCAUUCUACAAGAGCUUAAUACUUUUUAAAACCCGCUAUGGAUAAGCAGAGCAGUAAUUAUGCAAAAUUUGACGUAGUAGAACUAUGAGUUGAAAGAGCCAGAUUAUUCAGGUUCAAGCAGUAAUAAAAGUCCUACAGAAAGAGCUUAAAGCCUGCUAGAUUGAGGGAAUGCACAAGGAAGAGUACAAAACAAUACGGGAGCAAUAGCAUUACAGCCUCCUAGAUCGGAAACGAAAUAAAAAAUUGCAGAACUUGAUCAAGAAAAUUGCGGCUUUGGAAGCAGAAGAUGCGGCGAGCUCAAGACUGCUGGAAUUUCACAAGAAACAGUUAACCCUGCUAUUACAUGUGGUAUCUCCUGAGUCCUGACUUCCAUCUUGCUGCUCCUUUUUACAUUUUUUCCAGUAGUUGUGCCAUGUAAGUUUAUCGUGUUCGGUUAUUUCGCAGUACAAUCAGACUAUUUAUUGACUCAUUAUUUGUGUAGUUUGAUGAAUUGUGGGUGGCUGUAGAGGAUGAGCAGAAUAGUCUGGUUAAAGAAAUGGAAAAUAUUUCUGAACAGAAA